AUGGACGACGCCACGGUCGCAUCGCGGCAGCGCCAGCAGCAGCCGGCCUCGCUGACGACGACGAAGGAUUCCAGGGCCAUGAUGGCGGAGCUGGACGCGCCGCUGCACGCCCUCGGGUUCGAGAUGGAGGAGCUCUCCCCGUCGCGGCUCACCGGCCGCCUCCCCGUCACUCGCAUCUGCUGCCAGGCUAGUACUCCUGCUUUGCCGUUCAAGGUGCUGCACGGCGGCGUGUCGGCGCUGGUGGCAGAGGCGCUGGCGAGCAUGGGCGCGCACAUGGCGUCGGGGUACAGCCGCGUCGCCGGCGUGCAGCUCAGCAUCAACCACUUCCGCAGCGCGGCCCUCGGCGACACCGUCCUCGCGCAGGCCGUCCCCGUCCACGUCGGACGCUCCACCCAGGUCCGCCGCCCUUGGUUUUCCCUUCCAUCAUCCAUGAUUGCAUCAUCCCCCUUUACGACCAUCGCCGGCCAUCUCGACCACGCCUCACAACUGCUCCCCGCACGAUCGGUGAACCCAGAGUGGGUUUGGAGCGUUGAUGCCCGUUAG